AUGGGAUGCAGCAAGUGUCGGGGAUGCCUCCAUGAUACAAUUACUAGGCAGUACGGGAAUCGACUUUAAUAAACGAAAUGCAGAGGGUCGAAGCGCGCUAUCACUUGCGGCCAUGAAUGGACAUUCUGCGGUCGUGUGGUUGCUUUUAUGUCGCAACGGUACGGAAAUUUCCGUUAAAGACAGAACUGGUCUGAUUCCAUUGCAACACGCAGCAAGAUAUGGGAAUAUAUCGGUUUUACAAAUUCUCCUUGCGGAGAGUAAAGUUCCGAAUUAUAAAGACGAUAGCAGGGGAUCGCUUCUUUCUCAUGCUGCGAAAUGUGGACAGGCCGCAGCAACAGAAAUGCUCAUGGCGCGAUACAAUAUGAGCCCUGAUGAGCCAGUUGAGCUUGGCGGAACAUCACUUAUCUGGGCAAUACGUGGUGGGCAUUAAGAAGCCUUUGCCAUCAUGCUUUCCCUUAGUUAUAGCAGCAGCUCCAUAGCUGAGACGAUGUAUUCCACACUGUGGCAUGCAGUCGAUGCGCGACGGGAGGACAUGUGCCAGCAGCUGAUAGAUAUAGGAGCUCCCAUUGACGAUGCCAGUCGUCCAGCUUAUCUCCCUAUUCUCUGCAAUGCAGC